GGGAGGGAGAGAGUCAGUAACUGUGUGCAAAGAGAAGGUUGUUUCAGAAAAGGACACUGCAGCUGGAGAGUUUACAAAAGAAACAAGUGGUUAUCAAAGUGAGAUUUAGAGGCUACAUUUUUGAAUUUUGUUUCCAGUGAAGUUUACGAAAAGAGCCACCAUGAAGUUCAAAUUACCAAACCCGGGACUGGAUGAUAGAAUCCCUUCGCACGCCGACCUGGAGAGGAUGGAGAAGGAAGAGGCUGGGGAUAGACCCCAGUGGGACAACAAAGCCCAGUAUCUGCUCACCUGUGUGGGCUUCUGUGUGGGACUCGGGAACGUCUGGAGGUUCCCAUACCUCUGUCAAAGUCACGGUGGAGGAGCGUUUAUGAUUCCGUUCCUCAUCCUUCUGGUUUUGGAGGGAAUCCCGCUGCUGCACUUAGAGUUUGCCAUCGGUCAGCGGCUGAGGAAGGGCAGCGUGGGCGUAUGGAGAUCCAUCAACCCUUACCUGGCAGGAGUUGGUAUUGCCUCCAUGCUUGUAUCGUUUUUGGUCGGGGUGUACUACAACACCAUAAUGGCCUGGAUCAUGUGGUAUCUCUUCAACUCCUUUCAGGAUCCUCUGCCCUGGAGCCAAUGUCCACUCAAUGCUAACAAGACAGGAUAUGUGGAGGAGUGCUCACGAAGCACCACUACUGACUACUUCUGGUACAGAGAAACUCUGAACACUUCAACAGCUAUUGAUGAGUCUGGAGGUCUGCAGUGGUGGAUAGUUUUGGCUCUCAUAGCUGCGUGGACUUUGCUCUAUGUUUGCUGCAUCAGGGGCAUUGAGACUACUGGCAAGGCUGUGUACAUCACCUCCACUCUGCCAUAUCUCGUCCUCACCAUCUUUCUGAUCAGGGGACUGACCCUAAAAGGCUCUACCGAUGGAAUUAAGUACCUCUUCACGCCUAAUGUAGAUGAGUUAAUGAACCCUGCAACAUGGCUGGAUGCAGGAGCCCAGGUAUUCUACUCCUUUUCCCUGGCUUUUGGUGGUCUCAUCUCUUUCUCCAGUUACAACUCUGUGCACAACAACUGUGAAAUGGACGCUGUUCUCAUCUCCAUCAUCAACGGCUGCACCUCCGUGUACUCAGCAACGGUCAUCUACUCCAUCAUUGGCUUCAGGGCCACACAGAAAUUUGACGACUGCACGGGACAGAAUAUCUUGAAGCUCAUGAAUGCCUUUAACUACCCUGAGAACAACAUCACAGAAAAUAACUAUGACACAGUUCUGACUCAUCUAAAUAACACAAACCCUGAUAUCAUCCAAGGAUUGAACUUACAGACCUGCGAUAUGCAGAAAUUCCUCAGUCAGGGUGUGGAAGGAACAGGACUGGCCUUCAUCGUGUUCACAGAAGCUAUCAUAAAGAUGCCAGUUUCUCCUCUUUGGGCCGUUCUUUUCUUCGUCAUGCUCUUCUGUCUCGGCCUCUCAACAAUGUUUGGAAGCAUUGAGGGUGUUAUAGCUCCUCUGUUGGACCUUAAACUGCUACCCAGAACUUGGCCCAAAGAAGUCAUCAGUGGUCUCACAUGCCUGGUAUCUUUGGCUUUUGGACUUAUAUUUGCCCUUCAAUCUGGGAACUACUGGUUGGCUCUGUUUGACAACUUUGCAGGCUCCAUUCCCCUUCUGGUUAUUGGAUUUUUUGAAAUGAUUGCAGUUGUCUACAUCUAUGGCAUGGAUAGGUUUAACAAGGACAUGGAGUUCAUGAUUGGCCAUAAACCCAACAUCUUCUGGCAAGCAACGUGGAGAGUGAUUAGCCCCGUCAUCAUGAUUUUCAUUCUGAUUUUUUACUUUGUUACCCAAGUCACCAAGAAAUUCACCUAUUUGGUCUGGGAUGAGGAAGCGGAGAACUUUCCUACCCUUGCUGAGCGCCCAUACCCGUCAUGGAUCUCUGCCGUCAUCUUUAUCCUGGCUGGAAUUCCCAGUUUAGCUAUUCCCAUCUUUGCCCUUUAUAAGCUCAUACAGAGAAAAUGCUGCAAAAAGAAGGGUUACAACGAUGACAGCGUGGACACAAUAUCUGCCAAAAUUCAAAUGAGUGACAAAAUGAAGUUUUAGUUAAAUGUUCUUAUUUUGGAUGUUUAAUAUCAAUGAACUUUUAAAUUAUGUUUGACUUGGUGCUUUGUAAUGAUGCAUCAAUAUGCUGAUGACUGACUGUUAUUUUUGAAAGGCAGUUAAAGAUCCAUACAUAUUCCACAAGAACAGAAAUGUUUUUUUUCUCCCUUCCAGGGCAUCAGGUAAAAAGAACAAAGUUAUUUUAGGACGUGACACUUCGUACUUUAACAGAACUUUUGUACCAAACCAUCUUAAAAUUUCUUUGAAACCGCCCAUGAAAAUAGAACUACAAAAACUGGGCUGCAAGAUCACAGUGAUGACAUUUUGGGUUCGUAGCCCUGGGAGAAGGUUUAAAAAAGUAUUUUUUUGUUAGAAAGUAUCAUAUAUUGUGACAUUUAAUGACUGCAGUAGAUUUACAGCAAAAUAAAACAUUGUUUAUUUUCAAUUAUAAUGAGAGCUUGCAUUAGAAUAUGUGUACAUCAUUGGGACAUUGGAUCAUGGCCAGCAUGGGUUUGUAUAUAAAGUUUUACCUGUUAGAAUCUCUUUCUCUUCUUUUCAUUUUAGCACCAUUUGACGUAUCUCUGUAUAUUAGCAAAGAGUAAACCUUAAAUUAAGCCACUCAGGUUCCUAUGCCUUUUGGGAACACUUGUUUUUGUGAGUUGACUUGGAUUUUCCGAAGGAUUAUUAUUAUUUUUUUUUUUGUUUCACUAAAAUUUUACAGUCUUUGCUUGCCUCCCAUGUGAAAGUGGGUUUCAAUUUUUUGCCUUUUUUGCAUGUUGUAGCUCCAAGACAGAGCAACUGUUUCUCCAAAGUGACCCUGACCUCAUUCGCAUUGGCUGCUGGAAUUAUGAGCUUGUUGAAAUGAACGAAGAACAGAAUGAUCCAUGUGCAGAACAUGUGUCGAUGGAUAAUAUCAUUUUUUUGUUACUUUUCAGCUAAUAUUUCUUAGGGGGCUAAUAAUUGAGAAUCCUUAGAUCGGGGUAACCAAAUAAAAAU